AUGGAGCUGUUCACGUAUAUCCCUGCGAAGCUUCUUCUCCAGGAUGGUACCGAGUUCUACGGUUUCUCGUUUGGAUACGUCGAUGAGUCAUACGACUACACAGACCCUGCGAACUUGGCGUAUACAGGCGAGGUCGUUUUUUCUACAGCCAUGGUUGGAUACGCAGAAGCUCUCACCGAUCCUAGUUUCCUGGGACAAAUCUUGGUCAUGACGUACCCUUCCAUCGGAAACACAGGUGUACCUUCCAACGAGCAGGACGAAUUUGGUCUUCUGAAGUGGUUCGAAAGCUCAAAGAUCCAUGUAAACGGUUUGGUUUGUUGUGAUUAUACAACACACGAAUCACAUUGGACAUCGUGUAAAUCACUGUCAGCCUGGCUUCGCGAAGAGCGCGUACCUGCGAUAGCGGGAGUCGAUACCAGGGCACUGACUAAGCACCUUCGCACAUGCGGCUCCACUUUAGCUCGCAUAAUUAUAGGAAGGACUGCAACGGCUUCAGCAGACAAGCGCUUGCUGAGCGUAUCAUCAUUUUACAACACAAACCAUCCGGAUUUGUUAGAAACCCUUCCCACUACACACCCAGUACUCUACACGAUGCGUGAUAUUGACGGGAAAAAAUAUGUCUCCUCAUUCGAAUUCACGUCAAGCGAGCUCACUGAUAUGCUCGCUCGUGAUCCUGGUGCUUGUCACGUCGCUGACGUGUCCGCGGCGUUCGCCUCUAAGCAGAAAUUCAAUGGUUAUCCAGACUUACCAGUACAUGAUACACACAGAGGGUCGCGACGUGGAGGCCUUUCAUCAUCGCUUGGUCUUAAAGACGUUACUCUCGUUGUAGUUGUCGACUGCGGUAUUAAAAGCAACAUCAUCCGUUUGAUAUUGCGCAUGUCACCGCCUCAAGUGCGUUUGCUUGUGGUGCCGUACAGUUUUGACUUCACACGCAUACCUUACGAUGGUUUGGUGAUAUCCAAUGGGCCCGGAGACCCAAAUAAUGUGAAAGACACAAUUGCCAAUUUGCGCAAGGCGAUGGAACGCACCGCCCCUAUAUUUGGUAUAUGUCUGGGACACCAACUAAUGGGUAUUGCCGCUGGAGCAAGUACGUACAAGAUGCGCUAUGGUCACCGUGGUUUUAACCAGCCUUGUGUUGACUUGCGGACAUCUCAGUGCUACAUGACUUCCCAAAAUCACGGAUACGCAAUCGACGAGGAUACUCUAGCGCCAGACUGGUCAACACUGUUUGUUAACGCAAACGACGGUUGUGUCGAGGGAAUAAUUCACAUGGUUAACCCAUGGUUCAGUUUACAAUUCCAUCCGGAGGCUAGCGGAGGACCUACCGACACUACGUUUUUGAUGCGCGACUUUAUCCACAGCCUGGGUAAACACCAUUCGAUUCCACUGCACAUCCGCGGCAUCGCUCCUCACGUGCAAUGGAAACGUAUUUUGCUGUUGAGCAGUGGCGGUAUUUCCAUUGGUCAAGCCGGUGAAUUUGACUACAGUGGUUCCCAGGCAAUAAAGGCAUUGAAAGAAUCAGGAGCAGAAGUUAUUUUGGUAAACCCUAACGUUGCUACGGUACAGACUAACCACGGUCUGGCUGAUGUGGUCUAUUUCCACCCUAUCACUGCGGAGUUCGUUUCGAGAAUUAUUGAGAAGGAGCGUCCGGAUGGUAUCAUGUGCAGUUUCGGUGGCCAGACGGCGUUGAACUGCGGUAUUGAGCUUUACAAGUCCGGUGUGCUGUCUAAGUUUAACUGUGAGGUGCUAGGUACGCCCAUCCAAACCAUUAUAAACACUGAGGACCGUGCGUUAUUCAACCAACAAAUGGCUGAGAUAGGUGAGCGUUGCGCACCGUCUAGGGUGGGCACUGAUGUCGAAUCAUGCGUCGCUGCCGCAGCAGAGCUUGGCUAUCCCGUGCUUGUGCGCACGAAUUUCGCAUUGGGAGGAUUCGGUUCGGGUUUGGCUAACGACGAGGCCGAAUUGCGUGUGAUUUUGUCUAACAUUUUCACUGCAAGUUUCUUACGGGAUGGCGUCGUUUUGCAGAGCACAACGCAAGAUACGGAUGGUUCUACGAAUCGUGAUGAAUCCAAAUCUCCCGAUAUGUCAGAUACACCCGGUGUCUUCGUUUAUAUUGACAAGGCAUUAAACGGUUGGAAGGAGAUUGAAUUCGAGAUUAUCCGAGACAACAACGACAACUGUAUCGCCCCUGCGAGCAUGGAGAACUUCAACCCUCUUGGCAUUCAUACGGGAGAUUCGAUCGUUGUGGCCCCUGCUCAGACUCUGACCAAUGUGGAGCUGUAUAAGUACCGCGAGAUUGCAUUUAAGAUUGUACGUCACUUGGGUAUAGUAGGUGAGUGCAACGUUCAAUUUGCGGUUAACCCGGAUAACGAUGACUAUUUCAUCGUGGAGCUAAAUGCGCGUUUGAGCCGCAGUUCGGCUCUCGCCUCUAAGGCUACUGGUUAUCCAUUGGCAUACUUUGCUGCGCGUAUUGCUUUGGGUUUUGACCUCGUUCAAAUGCGUAAUGCGAUUACUUUGGUCACAACCGCUUGCUUUGAGCCCAGCCUUGACUACAUCGUUGUAAAGAUCCCCAAGUGGGACCUACGUAAAUUUGAAUACGCGGACAAGUAUCUAGGAAGCAGCAUGAAAUCAGUAGGAGAGGUGAUGUCUAUUGGUCGCACAUUUGAGGAAGCUAUGCAGAAGGCAUUACGCAUGGCUGGAGAUGGUGUUACAGGUUUCAACAGCGGCGUAAUGUCAAACGCCAGCCGUGAUUGCACUGUCGAAGCACUGAGCCAUCCUACUCCUGAUCAUGUGGCAGCAAUUGCUCGCGCUUUUGAACUGGGAAUGAGCGUUUCUGACGUUCACUCCUUAACCCGCAUAGACCCCUGGUUCCUAAACAGGUUGCAUCAUAUCCACGUCCUUUCGGGUAAACUCACCAAUAUGUCUUCGGUUUCUGAAUUUACUCGUAGCAAGCUUCUAUGUUACAAGGUGUAUGGUUUCAGCGACAAACAGAUUGCCCGGGGUAUGAUUGGCGCGAACGUAACCGAGGACGAUGUACGCGAUCGCCGCAAAUCUCUGGGUGUCAUUCCUGUAAUAAAAGUUAUAGAUACGCUUGCUGCUGAGUACCCUGCGAAGACUAACUAUUGUUACUUAACCUACAACGGAAUAGAGGAUGAUGUGACCCCGUGUGGUCCUCUAGGUGAGAAAUCUGGUCCCGCAGGUUCUUCCAUUAUAGUCCUUGGUUGUGGUCCCUACCGUAUCGGUUCUAGUAUCGAAUUCGAUUGGUCUGCCGUAAGCUGCGUGAAAGCGCUUCGGAGUUUAGGACACUCUGCCGUGAUUGUUAACUGCAACCCCGAGACCGUUUCAACUGAUUAUGACGUGAGUGACCGGUUAUAUUUCGACGAGUUGACUGUUGAGGUGGUUGAUGCAAUAUACCGUUUUGAGCGUCCGAUGGGUAUCGUGAUUUCUGUGGGAGGUCAGACUGCCAACAACUUGGCUUGCAAGUUGCAUAGUUUGGGUCUCUCGAUUUUAGGUACUAGCGUAGAAUCUAUUGACCGCUGUGAGAACCGUAACAAAUUUUCACAGUUAUGUGAUGUGCUCGGUAUCGAUCAACCAUCUUGGGAGGAGUUCACAUCUUUCGAGGCGGCAAAACAAUUUUGCAACAAGGUAUCAUUCCCCGUUCUCGUCCGCCCAUCGUACGUGUUGUCUGGAGCCUCUAUGCGUGUUAUAGUUUCUUUUGAGGAGUUGGAAAAGUACCUCCAGGCUUCUGCUGUUGUAAACCGUGAGCAUCCCGUGGUUAUAUCUAAGUUCAUCGAGCGUGCCAAUGAGGUUGAGGUUGAUUGUGUGGCUUCUCAGGGUAUAAUUUUGAACUAUGCGAUAAGUGAGCACGUGGAGCAUGCCGGUACCCACUCCGGUGACGCCACAUUGAUUCUGCCAGCUCAGCACAUUUUCGUAGGAACUCAUCGUCGCGUGAAGAAAAUCACACAGAAGUUGUCACGUUACCUGAACAUCAGUGGUCCAUUCAACGUGCAAUAUCUGUGCAAGAACAACGAGAUUAAGAUUAUCGAGUGCAACCUCCGUGCGUCGCGUACUCUGCCAUACAUCUAUAAAACAUUGAACCUGAACUUCGUAGAUCAGGCAACUCGUGUGAUGGUAGGGAGUCCGGCACGUGUACAGAACAUCCAGAUGAUGGAUAUUGACUACGUUGCAGUGAAAGUGCCAGUGUUUGCUUUUGACCGUUUGUCUCCGGCCGACCCUGUGGUUGGCGUGGAUAUGAAAUCUACUGGUGAGGUUGUUGGUUUUGGUUCCAACAAGUAUGAGGCUCUUCUAAAGGCAAUGAUUUCUAGUGGUUUACGGUUACCAACUCGUGCAGUAUUGAUAUCAUUUGAGAAUGACGUGGACAAGUUUUUAAUAUCUCGUAAGGUUGAGACGAUGUUAGAGCUUGGUUUUGACGUGUACGCUACUGAAGGCACUUACAAGUUUAUAUCUCGUAUUAAAGAGCUUUCUGUGUCUGAUUCUACUGAUUCUUAUAAAUUGGAUGUGCAUUCGUUACUAGCGUCGAGUCUUGAUUUCUUUGAGGACACUUUUCCUGAGGAUUUGUUGAACGGUAGUGAGGGGCGCCGUCGUGGGCGUCUUAUGCCUGUAUAUAAGCCUAGUUCAGGUCGUGAGCCUAAUGCGGUAACUCUGAUCAAGCGUGGCGUUAUCGAUCUUUUCAUAAAUGCUGCCAGCGGUUUGAUUCCUAACAGGGUGUCUGACGGUUACUUGAUGCGUCGUGCUGCCGUUGACAACAAGAUUACUCUCAUCACUAGUAUGAAGCUUGCUAAGCUGUACAUUGAUGCGCUUGCGAUGCGGCAUAUUCGUUUGUCUAAAGGUAAAGACUUUUUCGACAACAAGAGUCACCAAGAACACGUGAAGUAA